AUGAGCGCCACACCUGUUGAGGAGCCUCCUGCCCAGGAGCCACCUUCCCAGGAGCCCUUUUCCCAGGAGACAUCUGCCCAGGAAAGAUCCUCUGGCAGUGGGCAGACGUUACCCUUUAGAGCCCUGCAGCCAAUCUCUGACCCCUCAGCUUCUAAAAGAGUAUGUUUCUACAAAAGCGGUGACUAUAAGUUCAGUGGGCAUCGCAUGGUCAUCAAUGCCCGCACCUUCAAGUCAUUUGAUGCCCUCCUGGACGCUCUGUCAAAAAAAGUGCCUCUGCCAUUUGGAGUGAGGACCAUCACCACACCUCGUGGGACCACUGUGGUUAAGACUUUAGAUGACUUACAUGACGGGGGAUCGUAUGUGUGUUCUGACCAGAGACGGGUGAAGCCGAUAAACCUGGAAGAAGUGAACCGGCGGCAGGUACCAUGGAAUACCACCAGACCCCCCAGCGCAGGGCGAAAAAGGCGACAAGGAUCCAGGCUUGGUCCGUUAAGAAGAAGAAAUGAUGUUGUCACCAACAUUGUCCCAAAGAGGGUGACCGUAAGGACACCAAAGAGGCUUGUGGUCAUCAAAAAUAAGGACCCCAAUGUUAAACGCACAAUCGUGUUGCAGAGAAAAACAGCACCAACAUUCGAUGCUUUACUCGACUACCUCUCCCAGAGCCUGCUGUUCCCAGUGCUGAAACUCUUCUCUACGGAUGGCAGAAGAAUUGAUGGUCUUGCAGGACUUAUUCUGUGCUCUGGAGUUGUUGUAGCAGCAGGCAGUGAGCCUUUCAGAUUAGGAAACUACAGUUCUCAAGGAGCUGGCCAGAUGGCUCAAAUAAUGUACAUGGAUCCUGUGGAACCCUCUGUGUUGCAGCCCGGAACUGACAACAACAAAUCUUUCUCGAGUGGAAGAGGCUCAAGGAAUUUUUCCCUAUCAUCAGAGAGAUAUAUUGUCAACCAGAUAAACAAGUCCAUAAAUGGAAGCACAAACGGUCCCUUGAAUCAGCACAACCGAUCAUUUGAAACAGAGGUCGAACAUCAUCCCACAUCCAAGGACAAAUGUGGAGCUGGGAUGGCUGAUAAUGACUCUCAUACUCGCAUUGUACCUCAUGAUGAUGACAUUGAAAAGUCUUUCCGUGUCAAUCAAGACGGCAGCAUGACAGUGGAGAUGAAAGUUCGACUGACAAUUAAAGAACAGGAGAUGCUCCACUGGACUACAACGCUCAGCCGCUCAAGCCUUAGGAAUGGGACAGUUAGUGCCUCGGUAUCUGAGCCGGGCAACAGCUCACCUGACUCAAACAACACCGUUGCCAAAGAGUCCUCUAGCGUCAGUGAAGAUGAAUCAAAAGAGAAGAACCAUACUUCUAAGAUUGGAAAGGGAGUUGGCUUUAAUGCUGAGCAAGCAUGUGAAGGCUACAAUUCUACGGCUUUUAGAAAAACUGGUGUCAAACGAACUCUUACACCAGGUCCUCUGCGCGUUACGAAGAGAGCGUCUCUUGAGAGUGUAAAGACGGUGACAGAAUCGGGAGUUCAGGAAAACACCAUGGGACAUUAUUCCUACAUAGAGAGGACAGCUGAUGGUGAGACGACUGAGGAAUACUGCGUUUUAAAACACAGCAGCAGCAGCAGCAACAGGCUAAUUCCAAGACCUAGGCAAACAAAGUCUUCAGAAGCAAGCAGCAAAGGCUCGCCCUCCUCCAUCAGUUCGUCAGGAGUAGCCGAGGUGCUUCAGAUACAGAGUAACGGGAUGGAGGUCACAGAGACUGUGAUGCAUAUUUAUGAGAGUCAACCCUGCUACGACAACUAUUUUGCAAAUGACGAAUAUAGCACAGACGGCGGGCCUUUGCAUGGCUCUCCUCCAGAGGCAGAAAGCAAACCGUCAUCCAGCAAUGAUUGUGAUAUUGAUUUUAGCGGGCAGCCACACACCUCUAACUCACUACAAAGACAGAAAGAGGAGAUGUUAUCAUUGUCUUCAGAGCCAAUAACUUCAAGAAGUGAGAUUACUGCAACAAACUCCCAAAUACAGGAAAGAGCAAAAAAAGGCAGUACUCCUAAAAGAGAGACAAAGAAAAAGACAAGUAAAACUGCUCAGAAUCCGAAGAGUUCCACUUCAACAAGUGGUUCGGACAAAAAGCAAAAAGAAAGCAUAGUUAGCCCCCCAAAAGAUAGCAAACAUUCAUCUACAGACAAGCAGAGCAGCAAUACAAGUGUGGUCAGAAAUACUCUGAGUUCAUCUGAAAGUGCUAAAAGUGGACAAAAGAGUAAAGGAACAGAAAAGCCUCAAAUUAAGAAAGUGGGUAAGGGUGAAACAAAGCCUGGGAAAGAGCAAGCUUCAUUAUUUGACAAUGAAAAUGUGAGAAAGACCCCGUCUAAGAGACAAAACACAAGUAAAACAGCUGCUAAAUUUAAUGGCCAUAAUGUAGAUACUCCAACUGUGAGGCCUCAAAUGAAGAAGAACAUCUCAGACAUUUUUCAACCAAAGAAAGCACUGGUGCCAGUCCGAAAGACAAUAAGCAAGGCAAAAUCCAUGAAUGAAAAAAACUUUCCAUCAUCUAAAAAGUCUUUAGUGGUAAAUGAGAGUUUUUCAGUACCUACUGUCAGUCCUUCACCCACUGAAAUCCACCAAUAUGUUGAGAACUGGUUAGAGAAAGUCAGCCCAGACCCUGUGCCAUACACUGAGGAGGAACUCACAGAGCCUCGGACAAAGGUCGUGUUUCAGAUCGGCGAUGAUUCUGAUUCCGAUGAAAAGAAUGAAUGCCAGGCAAAUCCAGAUGGGUCGCCAAGUGAUGACAUCGAGAAAUCAGUUUCUUGUCUAUCAGUACCAUAUUUGAAUGAAGCUACAGCUCAGCGGCACAAUGAAAAACCUCUAAGAGGGCUGUGUGCUUCAAUGCCCAGUGUUAGAGUGGAUCUUGUGUCCAACGAGAACAGAUUGAGACCAAACAAAUCUGCAGCAAUCCUCGGAACAGUUGACAAUGAAUCACAUUCAUCGACACCCGAGGGUUUGGACACAAAGGCAAACAUAGUACCUCUCCUGCGGGAACUUUACUCUUCGAUUCACUGCCUCAAAAGUGCAUCUGAAACCAACGUAACAUCCAACCUAGAAAGGUCCAGCAGUCUUCCUGAUUUCUCAAAACAAGUGGCUGGAGUGUUUGGCUCGUCAUGUAAAGCCUUUGUAUCAUUCUUAUCAGUGAUGACUCUACGAGACAACCAAAAAACAUCAGCGCCGAGAGAUGGCAACCAAUCGAGCACCUCGGAGGCCUUGCUGAUGUUGGAGUCACUGCAAAGAAUUUCCGCUACCGAGGACGAGGGAGGGCUGAGGGCAAGUUUGACGGAUCUGCACAGCAGAACAUCUUCUACCUUCAGAGAACGCUGGAAGGAUUUCCAGAUUAUGAGAGAAAGACUAGAAAGUGAACCAAUAUCUGUCAAAGCUUCAGAGACAGAAUUUGCGCUGGAUCUUUCUUCUGAAGGAGGGGAUGCGUUCGAAGAUAUUGAAGAGCUAAUGGAUGAGUUGAAUAUGCCACAAGACCUCAGAGCAGAGAUUUCUUCAACAAUCCACCAAACUAAACGUUUUUACCCUGUAGAGGAGAGCACCUUUGUAGAAACUGAAAGAAAACAGUCAGACUCUGAGGAGGAUGUUGAACAAUUUGUUCAAGAAUGCAACGAAGUAACACAAGAAUCACCAGAGCCUGAUACUAACUCCAUAGCUGAGGACAGUUCUCAGAGAAAACAGGGUCAUGAUGUUGCAAAGAUAGGUACCUUGCAAUCACUGUUUUAUUCUGAACAUGCCAAGGUGAGAACCAAGUCAGAGAAAGAACCUGAUCAAGAUUCAGAAAUAUCACAGACAGAUGAGCACUUCACAGAUGAAGGAAAGGAGGAAGAGGAAGAAGUAGAGGUGGAGAGGGAGCUCACGAAUGACAGUGAAGACACUGAAAAGGGAGAAAGGGACGAGGCAGAAGUGGGGGCAGUGACAGUAGUGGGUGAUGAAGAGGAGAAAGAAUCAGAAGUGAGAAAAGGGUGUUCAGAGGAAGAGGAGGAAGUUGAGGAAGGGACAGAGAACCAUAUGACAGUGGACGAGGAGGAAGAGGAGGAGACAUUAGAAGACAUUCAAGAAACAAGAGAGGAUGAUACUGUUGAGGAAACAGAUGAGAGAGAGGGUGAAGGGGAGACAGAGGAAGAGGGGGAGGAGGAGGAGGGGGUUGAUGAGGAAGAGAGGGGGGAGGAAUGGAUAACUGAAGAGAGGCAAGGGGAAGAGAUUGAAGAAGAGGCAGAUGGGGUUAUUGAGGAGUCGGAUAAAGGAGAGGAAGCAGAACAUAGAUUUGAAGAGAUGGAGGAAGAGGAGGAAGAAGAAGAAGCAACAGACUCAGUUACUGUGGAAGAUGUAGAGGAGGGGGUUAUACAGGAGGGGGGGGAGGAGGAGGAAGAGGAGGAAGAGGAGGAAGAAGAAGAAGCAACAGACUCAGUUACUGUAGAAGAUGUAGAGGAGGGGGUUAUACAGGAGGAGGGGGAGGAAGAGGAGGAAGAGGAAGAAGCAACAGACUCAGUUACUGUGGAAGAUGUAGAGGAGGGGGAAGAAGACCACAUCGAAGUGGUAAGCGAGGAAAACAAUGAGGAGGAAGAUGAGGGGGGGAAAGAUAGAUCUCAACAGACGGUGGAGGAUGGUGAGGAAGAAACAUGUGACGAGGGUGAGGAGAGCAUGAACGAGUUAAAAGAAACUAGUCUCGAGGAAGAAUCCGAGGAAGAGAAAGACGUUGUGGAGGAGAUUGAAGAACAUAUAAGAACAGAGCAAAUGCUCGAUGAAGAGGAGAGGGAAGAUGAUGAAGAAGAUGAUAGUAAUGCGGUACAUGAGGGGGUUGAGGUGCUGGAGGAAAAUGCUACUGAUGAAGCAGACAUUAUUGCUGUGGACAGAGAUUGUAAAAACCUGCUAGAGGAGGCCUCGUAUUUGCUGUCGCAGAGCAGCUGUGAUGAAGCACAUGCAGAUUCAAAGGUAACAGAAGCUAACACUGAAUCAUCAACCAAACAUUCCUCUGAGGGCCGGUGUGAGGAUGAUAAAGGUAAUGGGACAGACACUGUUCAUGAACUUGAAACCGACGAGGGAGGGGAGCCUCAGGAACACCCAGUGGAGAUAUCACAGGAAUUGCUUGACUUUGUUAACAACGCCCUGAAGUGCUCUUCACUUAAAUUCACGUACGACACUCUGGGGAAAAUCAGGAUCGAGCCAGAUAAUGCUAGAGUAACACAAACUAAAACUGUUGUCCCAAUAUAUAACAAGGAUCCUUCAUAUGGCUUAAAGCGUCUGCCAUCCCCCACCACCUCAGAUUUGUCCGAUUACAGGCCAGAAUCGUCGGAGAGUGGUGGAUAUAAAACUCAAGAUUCGGUAGAUAUUGUCACAGAGAGCGGAGAAGAGGUUUCUCCAGGCUGCACCCCUGAGGGGAGAACACAUGUCAAGGGAGCCAACUCCGACCUUUCUGUUCACAGUAAUAUAGAAGUUUCGCCGAAUUCUCAAAUAAAAAGUGUGGGAAGUUCAUCCUCUGAUAUCUCAGGCAGUAAAAUCUCAAAGGAGGACCUGUCGUAUUUCAGUGCUGGAAGCUCACAAAAGGUCGACGCUGAUAAUGCCGCAGAGUGCAUGUCUUCAACGCCGCAGAAGGACUCACCUGAAGGGGUUUUGAUCGACCAAGGUAGAUGGCUGCUCAAAGAGAAUCACCUCAUCCGAAAAUCUCCUCCAGUCUUGCUGGGAAUGUACGGUGAGUUAGAUAGCACGUCUAUCGACACAGGUGACGAAAACAAUUGCGCGGAUGUCCCGUCCCAGCAAGACCUUCUUGCAGCCAUUUCCUCAUCAGAGCUCGAGGAGAUGGCGAAGCCUCUAACUCCAAAGUGCACCUACUACAACAUGCCACAUGGAAGCGAUUCUGACCCCUUUUUGGAGGAUUUCAGUGAACAAAGUAGGGGGAAAGAUGCAAGCAGUGACAAAGGGAGAGGCUUCAGGGUAUCACCUACAAUUGACACUUCCAGAACCUGGACCAGAAAAAAUGGUAGUCUUUCUUCAUUUGCAUCAGUUGAGUUUAAAUAUCCAGACAGAAAAGUCCAUCCUGAGGGAGAGUCCUCGGCUGGGACAAUGGCAAGACCGACCUCUAGUGGAGGAGGGAAUGUAUUGCAGGCACAGGACUCCCUUGACAGACUACGAAUGAGAUGUGGCGAAUACUGUCCCAUACUAUAG